AUGAAAAAUAUCAUUCACUUACAAAUGAUGUACGUUGAAUAUAAAGCACCAAAGACGGUUGCACUUCACCCAAGACAAAAAGAAUUAGAAUUGGCUGUGACUGAAUUUACGUUUUCAACAUUCACUGAAACACUUGUUUGGGUGUAUGUCUUGAGACUACAGUCGAAUAUUUCUCUUAAAGGAAAAAUCGAAAGUGAAAACAUGGACAAGUGCAUCACAGGGAAUAACAUAAUGAAAGCGUUGUUACUUGAAAAGGAGAAUCUUUUAUGUGCGGAUUGUCAAGAAGGAAAUGUAAAACAUGUGAAUUUGGAAUUUGGCUGUUUCUUAUGUGAAAAGUGCGCGGAGUUACACCAACUCACUUUUAGUCAAACCCAUCCUUCUGAAGUUUAUUCAAUCAGCGAUGCAUCGGCCAUGAAAAAAGAAAAAUUGACUCCUUUGAUUUCAAAAGGAAACAUUUUCAGUGCUCUUGAACAUUUGGAAACACCUUCAUUUAAUCCAUUUAGCACUGAUGCUGAAAAUUUACGAGAAAUGUUACUUUACAAAUAUAACACAAAAACAGAGUACACCUUUGACUACGUCGCACUCUUUAAAGAACACAAGAAAAAUUACAAACGUACUUCUCAAAUAAGCCCAAUUAAUAUGAAGGAUAUUUGUUAA